AUGGCAGAGGAUACGGACACGUCCGAACUGUCCGCGUCGGCCCUGGAAACCCAGGAGUUGGACGAGAUGAGUUCGGAUGACGACCAAUAUGACGAGGAGACGGGUCUCACAGCAAGCCAAAAACGCCAGAGGCGACGGCGGCGUCGCCAACGUCGCAAGUUGGACGCUCGGAUCGCAGACGUGAAGUCAUCCCGAUUCGGUCUGCCAUCUUUGGGAUUAACGGAUCGAACCGUUGCUCGAAAAUUAUUCGUCAACGCUGGCUUGAUUCUUCUGUGGUACUUCUUCUCCUUGUCAAUCUCUAUUUAUAACAAAUGGAUGUUCUCCGAAAACGAUGUUGUCUUCCCCUUCCUCUCUAUUCACGACCAGUCUGCACAUGCUUUCUCACCCUCGGCUUCGCCAACGGAAUCUUCAAAGGAGUCCGAGUCGCUAAUCUCGCGCUCUUUCUAUCUGACUCGUCUGGUUCCGUGCGGUGCAGCGACUUCGCUUGACAUUGGUCUCGGUAACAUGUCACUGCGAUUUAUCUCUCUCACUUUCCUUACCAUGUGUAAAUCAUCCGCCCUCGCUUUCGUUCUUCUCUUUGCCUUCCUUUUUCGUCUGGAAUCACCCUCUUUCAAAUUAAUCCUGAUCAUCGCCGCAAUGACCGUCGGCGUCGUCAUGAUGGUGGCUGGCGAAACCGCCUUCAAUGCGCUUGGAUUCGGUCUCGUCAUUGCGUCGGCUUUCUUUUCGGGCUUUCGCUGGGGUCUGACACAGAUUCUCUUACUCCGCCAUCCUGCGACUUCCAAUCCUUUUUCUACAUUAUUCCUGCUGACGCCCAUCAUGUUUGUCUCCCUCCUAUGUAUUUCUCUUGCAGUUGAAGGGCCGAGUAACAUUCACUACGGCUAUUUGACCCUUGCUGAGCAGCGGGGAGCCAUAUUUGGGGCUUGUCUGUUGAUAUUCCCUGGUUUCCUCGCCUUUUGCAUGAUCUCCUCCGAAUUUGCCCUUCUCAAGCGAUCGUCUGUAGUGACUCUGAGCAUUUGCGGAAUUUUCAAAGAAGUUGUGACGAUCAGCGCAGCCGGUGUCAUUUUCCAUGACAAGCUCACCGUGGUCAACAUCACCGGUUUGGUCGUGACCAUCGCAAGCAUCGGCUGCUACAACUACAUGAAGAUUUCGAAGAUGCGUAACGAAGCAAAGCGCGAUGACUGGGUCCGCGAGGAGACGCCGGAUUCUGACUCGGAAGAGAUGAGCGGCACUGAACACGCUGACCGUUAUCCGAUGGCCAAUUCUGAGACUGGUGCUCCACUACCCACGACAGCUGCUCAGCAUAAUGACGAGCUGCAGACCUCGAACGCCGGUGAGCAGCGCCACUCAUUUCGGGUGCGGGCCAGUGGUGCAAUGCCCAACUUGGCUGCCCCUUCAACUAUACCCGAGGAUGAUUUUAUGCACGCCUCCGUCACUCCAGCGUCUCCAACGAUCACACCUCCGGUGGAUGCGCCCUUGUCGAGCCACCUUCACCCGUCAAUUCCAGAAGCCUCCCCAAACUUGGACACCGUGCCCUCAUUCGCACCGUUAAAGACUUCGAGCACCUUUCAUUCCUAG